GUGCCGGGCCAGAGACCGUAACAACGUUCUGAACCGGCCCGAGUUUAUGUCCCUGAACCAGCCCCCCCGCAGGGAGCAGGGAGCGGGGGAGGGGCGGGGGGGCGGCGGUCCAAGGAGAGCCGCGUUCAGACAGCAGACUCAGCAGGAGGACGCAGGCCUGAGGGGGUCCAGGGACUCCUCAGAGGGGGGUUCAGCAGCCGAUCGGCCGGAGCAGGACUGUAUGCAGCUGAACCCGUCGUUUCGAGGCAUCGCCAUCAACUCUCUGCUGGCCAUCGACAUCAGCCUGUCGAAGCGUCUGGGCGUGUGCGUGAGGCCCCACGGCCCCUGGGCCCCGCUCCGCUCCAUGGUGACCCUGCUGGCCUUCAGUGGACACGCCCUACCUUGGCUGUGUGGGACCCUGAUCUGUCUGUGGAGGAGCAACACGCUGGCUGGACAGGAAGUCCUCGUCAACCUGCUGCUGGCUCUGAUCCUGGAUCUGAUGACGGUCGCCGGGAUGCAGAAGCUGGUCAAACGCAGAGGACCCUGGGAUUUCCCUCCGGGGUUUUUGGACUACGUGGCCAUGGAUAGGUAUUCUUUCCCAGCAGCCCACGCCAGCCGAGCCGUCAUGGUGUCCAAGUUCCUGCUGAACCACCUGGUGCUGGCGGUGCCCCUGAGGAUCCUGCUCUACCUGUGGGCGUUCCUGGUGGGCGUGUCCCGAGUGCUGCUCGGUAAACAUCACCUGUCGGACGUUGGAUGUGGAUUUGCUCUCGGCUUCCUGCACUUCACUCUUGUGGAGUCUGUUUGGCUGGACUCUGCUACCUGCCAGACCCUCAUCUCCAUUGGCACGCUGCGCUGGACUCUACUGGUUUAGAACCAGUUUGUACUGGUUUAUACUGGUUCAGAUUGGAGUAAGACUAUUACAGACUGUUCUAGUCCAGUUUGGACUGGUUUUGACCAGUCCUUUUGGAUUCUUCUACCUGCCAGAUUCUCAUGUCCAUUGGCAUGCUGUGCUGGACUCCACUGGUUUAGACAGCUGUCACCUGGUUUAGAGUGGUUCAAACUGGUUUAGACUGGAUUGAUCUGGUUUAGACCUGGUUUGGCUGGCUGUGAGACCUCUACAGACUGUUUUAGUCCAGUCUGGACUCUGUCCACCAUACGCUCACCUCUAAUGGCACGUUACGCUGGACACCAAUUUUUUUUAAACUGGAUUGGACCGGUAUGAACUGGUCUGGAUCACUUUGGAUUGGUGUUAGACUGCUGGUCCAUUUUGACAAAAUAAUGUUGUUUCAGUCCUGUGUGGACUGGUCUGGACUUUUCCUGCUUAUUCUGGUUCCUGCCAGACUUUCACCUCUAAUGGCACACUGGACACGUCUUGUUUGGACUUGUUUAGAACGCUUUAAGGCUGCUAUAAACUGCUGUAAUCCGCUUGGGACUGGUUUGGACUGGUCCUGUUGUACUUUUACCUGCCAGGCGCAUUGAGAUUUCUGCAGGAACCUGUCAAGAGAGUCUGGAACCUGGCUUGUCUGGUUCCAACGGUCGUUUGGUUGAUUCAGACGCCUGGCAGACUUUGUUCACACUAGUCUGUUUUCUGAAAGCUAGAGACUCUCUGAUGUGGUUUUUAGAUUUUAAAACGCCUCUGAAUGUGCGCACUAGGUGUGUAGCUUAUUUUUGUGACUCAGGUACUGAACAGGAAGUGUCUCAGGACAGACUUCCAGUUUUUAGGGUUCCCAGUGAGCAGCUCUGCAAAAGCGAAAUGAACCAGAGCACGAAGUGUUCGGUCUGACGUCACAUGGCUCCUGUGCAGAAUGUAAACACACGUUCUUCCUGUUUUGUUUUGGUUUUUUCCCCAUCAGCCCUGUUCUGACCAGGUAUCCAACGGCUUUUACUCUGGUGUGGUUGUCAUGACGACAGAAAUAAAGAUGU